AUGGCCGACGAUGCAGAGGAUCGCUCUUCAUCGCCAGCGCCCGCCUCAGACGAUAAUGACGAGGAUGUUGCGGCCAACGGGCUGGUCGCGACGCGUAGAAAGCGUGCAACGGCGGGCAACUUGUACGCGACGCUGCGGCAGAACCUGGACGAUGAGGAACUGCAGCGCGAACUCAUAGCCGACGAGGAAGACGAUGAAGGGGAAUACGAAGGAUCUGACAAGGAAGAUGAUGAUGCCGCCAUGGAAGAGUCGAGCGACGACGACGAUGCGGGCCCCGCCAAGGAGGGCGAGAAGGAGGAUCUCGAUGGCGAAAAGGAGCUGCAGCGAGCAGAGCGUGCAGCUGCCAAGAAGAAACGCAAGUUCGAUGAGGUGCGGAUGCGGCUGCCAGCGAAGAAGAAAGUCCGCUUGGCCGAUGAUGUGGAGUCGGCGCCGAAGCCCAAGAAGAAGAGCGAGCGGUCCAACUGGCUUCCAACUGCAGCCGAUCAGCCCUCACGCCAGUCAACGCGAGCCUCUGCCGUGGCCAACCGCGAGCAUGUACAUGAGAAUCUGAAGGCUUCAACGAAGCGCUCGGAGAACCAGAAGAAGAUCAUGAAAGUACAUCAGGAGCGCCAGAAGGAGCGUCAGAUGAAGGAACUGACACAGGAGGAACGCAUGCUUAAGGCGGCACGAAUCGAGAAAGAGACGAUGCGUGACUUUGGCAGAUGGGAACGGGAAGAGGCCGAGAAGCAGCGAGUCAGGGAGGAGAUGGCGGCUGCGAAGCGGAGAAAGGUGAUCGAGGGGCCUGUUAUCCGACACUGGAGUGGGAGUGUGCUGUGGGAGGGUGAUGACAUCAAAGUGAAGCGAAUGCCGGAGCCGAAGGUGGUGGAUGUGGACGUGGAAAUGGAGGACGCCGCAGAGGAAGAUGAAAAGGCAGAGGGAAACGCUGGAGCUGAAGAGGCUGUUCCUUUAAAGGAUCCCGAUCAACAGAACGGUGAUGCUUCGGCGGCGGCCUCUACUUCUCAGCCCGACAUGGUUAUCCCACAACCGCAAGCUCCAUGGCUCGCAGGUAUCCACGAUUAUGCAUCCCAGCAAGGUUCGACUUCGCAGCCAAAUCCGAUCUACAUACCGAGUGCGCCCGCAUUAAACAUAGUGCCAUUGGUCUCACAACCACAAAGCGCACCGAUUCCUCCGCAGGACUUUCAGCCUACUCAAUCUGUUCAAACAUUACCCCUGGCACCAAAUCAACCACCAACGUAUCACGGCUGGACACCCUCUCACCAGGCCCCUCUCGGUCCGUACCAGCAAUUUCAAAUUCAACCGCAAGCACCGCCACCGCCUCCACCACCUCCUCUCCGCGAGCAAGCUCAGCGCAGCCUGAUCAUUUUGGACCAAUUCGAAUCCUUGGAAAACAUGCCCACGGUCAGUCGACGCUCCAAAGCUGCCGCCAAAGAUGGUGCAUCAUCCACAGAGCCCACACCUCUCGCCACAGUCUUGAUUCCAGACUGUUACCCCACACUCUCCCACGAACAAGACCGGUACCUGCUAUCGCAUAAGCUACGCAAGAAACAGGGCUCAAAGACUGGCGAGGUGACAUUCUUUUUCCCUCCCGCUCCGGAAAAGGAGAGGUGUGCUCUUACGAGCUGGCCGGCCAAGUACAGGGAUCCCAAAACAGGCCUACCUUAUGCUGAUCUGAGUACUGGGAGGAUGUUGCGGAGGCUGUUAGACGGUGGAUGUUUGUGGAGUGGUUUCCUGGGUGCCUGGGUCGGUCCAAGCUACGGCAAGGUGGGGCGAGCUGCUAGGGGUGUUCCUGAUGGAUUUUCGGGUGCCCCCAAAGAUAUCAAGACRGAGGGAUCUUGA